GUCCCCUCCCCUUCUCUUUCCUGUCUCCCCUCCCCUCUCCUCCCCUUCCCCUUUCCUCUGUCUCCCUUCUCCUUUCCUCCCUCUCCUUUCCUUUCCUCUGUCUCCCCUCUCCUCCCCUUUCCUUUCUUCUGUCUCUCCUCCCCUCCCUUCCCUCCCCUUCCCUUUCCUCUGUCUCCCCUCCCUUUCCCUCCCCUCCCCUCCCCUCUGUCUCCCAGACUGGAGUACAGUGGUGUGAUCUCAGCUCACUUCAACCUCCACCUCCCAGGUUCAAGCAAUUCUUUUGCCUCACCAUCCCAAGUACCUGGGCCUAUAGGCGUGUGCCACCAUGCCCAGCUAAUUUUUAUAUUUUUAGUAGAGAAAGGGUUUUGCCAUGUUGGCCAGGCUUGUCUUGAACUCCUGACCUCAAGUAAUCUGCCCCCCUUGACUUCCCAAAGUGCUGGGAUUACAGGUGUGAGCCACUGUGUGGCCAAGAUGCUAAUUUCUUCCAUUGUAGAAAAUGAUUCCCUUCCAGGCCAAGUUUGAAUUAAUUGAGUUAAGCCAUACCAAAAUUUUAUGCAAAACUCUGUUUUGUUUACUGAAGAGAAUAAUUUCAAUUGACAUUUGCCAGGAUGCUUGCAAUCUAGUUAAAAAAAAAAAUGACUAGAAGGGAAAAAGAAACCAUUCCCUUCCUGCCUCCCACCCUCCCUUCUUCUCUCUCUCUUACUUUCUUCCUUCUUCCCUUUCUGUCUUCCUCCUUCACCGUGAACACAUUUUCAGUGGCUCCACAAAUAUAUAUUUCUGAAAACAUUAGUUAACGUAGCUUCACUUAAAGCAAAUCAAAAGUAUUAAGUGAAGCUAUAACUAGUAUCUACAGUUCUUUAUUUACAAUGCCACAACUCAUUAUCACCUUGAUGUGACACUGAAAUCAUGAUUGUUUCAUCUAUUUGAGAAAUUUACUUUGUGCCCACAAUGUACAGAAUUUUGUGCCAGAUUAUGUGGGAGAAGGAUGAACAAACAUAGACAUGAUUCCUGGUAUCUGAGAACUAAAAAUCCAGUGGAAGACAAGUACCUUGCUGGGAAAUCUGUAAACAGUUUGACAGUUAUUCUUUCCUUUUCUGUAGGUCUUGCUUGAGCAUAGAAGUACUGAUGUUAAUUUGGAAGGAGAAAGUGGAAACACAGCUGUGAUGAUCGCAUGUACCAAAAAUAAUAGUGAAGCACUGCAGACUUUGGUUUGCAUAUUCGUCAUAUCUUUCUGCUUUCUUUAUCUGUUCAUGAAUACAACAUGGAUUAUUAUUAGUUACAAAAGCUGUCAAGUUUUUCUCCAUAGAAAAACAAAAUACAGAAACUGUGUCAGAAACAAAGUUGUUCUAUGUGUUUUUGUAUAUGCACUCCCCGCCUUAAGUGGAGCCGAGAUUGCUUAUAGAAGACAAAAGACUAAUAGGAAAGCAGUAAUGAGAACUAUGAGAAAUUCAAAGUGAAAAGGAAACACAGGCAGAAAAGAUUGAGAUGAAGCUGGUGUUCAGGCUAGAAUGCAAAGUACAAAGUAUAAUGGCCUAUACGUUAUAAAGAUGGAUUUUAUGUUUGAUUCUGAGCUUCUGAAUUGUCAAAAGAAAGAUGAAUAUAGUCAGUUGCAGAAUUAUUGGGCUCAGACGAUAAAAGCCAAAGGAAACACAGCCACUCCUGAAGACCUGAAGAAAUUAUUGCCAUGUUUUCUCAAAAACAGAGCCCUGAGUGAUGUAAUGAUGAAGUUUCUUAGCCACAUGCCUGAUGGUAGAGCCAAUCUUUUCGCUGGUGAGGCUUCCUGGUGUGAUCCAGUGAGUUGAUGGAGAUUCCCAUCCACAUGACUUCCUCCUGCUCCCGGCAGUGCUCCUUCUGAGCAAGUAGCCAUUUUUCAAAUAUUCCUUAAUCACUUGCAUAUUAUCCAGGCCAGGGUCUAUAUUUUUCCCACUUGAUUUUGCCUCUUUACCAUCCCAAAGAGUAAGAAAAUGACAUUAAAUAAUUUAAAAGUAUUUGCCUAAUGUUUAAAUGUACCGUACAAAUAUGUUUUAGCCUCUUUACUAGAUGUACUUAGAGACAGGUACAUACUCUAAGCUUUCAUGAUUGGACCAAAAAGAGAAUAAAUGAUAAAGAGAAUAAAAAUAAAUCAACUAACACUCAAAACAAGAAUUUAGGCAAAGAGCUUUAAAUUAACCAAAAGAAAUAGUAAAUUUGAAAGUCCUACAGAAAACAACAUUUUAAAAUUCUGAAUUCCUUGCAAAUUUUUAUGUGUAUACUAUGUGAUAAUAUUGUUCAAAAAGCUUUUACUUAGCAAUAUUCUGUAAUAAUAUGAUUUUGUAAAGUACAUCUGCCAUUUCUGCACUAUAUUAUAUAUACAUUUCUGGACUAUUAUAUACAAUAUAUAAAGUAAACUAAUACUAUCUCUAAAAGCUGAGAUUACAGGUAGUGUUUGAUUCUACAUAAAUUUCUGUUUACUCAAAAUAUUUUCUUUUGAAUUAAUUGAAAGUACUUAAAACUUAAGGCUAAUGAUUUAUAGAAAAUGGUACUUUAAAAUGAUUGGCUCAGACAUCAACGUAAUAUAACAUUUAGUUCUUCUAACAUCCUUUUAGUGAAGAACUAUUAUUAGUGAAAAUACUUGAUGUUCAUAGUUUAACCAAGAGUGGUGGCAUAUUCACUUAUUAAUUUUACAUAAAUAAAGGGAACAGCUUCUGAGAAAUAUUGUCACUAUAUUUGCAUAAGAAAUUGAAUAUGGGUAUAGAAGUCAUGACAAUGUCUUUAAAAAUUUUAUUUAAAAAUAUGUUGACUUUAGUUUUCUGGGAUAUCAAGAUUGAUAGUUUCGUGUCUAUGUUGCUACUUCUUUGGAAGAUAUAAAAUGUCGCUAUUUCAGAAUCUCUGCUUAGUUCAAAAUUACCUUCAUGCUUAGAUUUCAUAAUAUACGAAGCUCUCUACAUACUUUAGUUUUACAUAGACAUAUAAUGUAAUUUGUGAUUUGGAGUUUAACUGGUGUCACUUUUUAGUUUUGUCUUUUCUUCCAGCUUAACAAAGGAGCUCAGCCACGUAAAUCAAAUAAAUUUGGAUGUUUUCCUACUCACCAGGCUGUACUUUCAGGUUCCGAAGAAUGCAUGGAAAUAAUAUUAAAGUUUGGUGAAGAACAUGGGUACAGUAGACAGUUGUACAUCAACUGUGUGAACAAUGGGAAAGCCAGUCCUCUCCACCUGGCUGUGCAAAAUGGUGACUUGGAAAUUGUCAAAAUGUGCCUGGACAAUGGUGCACAAAUAGACCUAGUGGAGGUGCCCAAGUAGAUAUAAAAGAUAAUUUUUGACGUAAUUUUCUGCAUUUAACUGUGCAGCAACCUUAUGGAUUAAAAAAUAUGUGACCUAAGUUUAGCAGAUGCAACAGAUCAAAGAGCUGGUAAUGGAUGAAGAAAACUAUGGGUGUACCCCUCUACAUUAUGCAUGUAGACAGGGGGAUCCUGGUUCUGUAAAUAACCUUCUUGGCUUUAAUGUGUCCAUUCAUUCCAAAAGCAAAGACAAAAAGUCACCUCUGCAUUUUGCAGCCAGACGGGAUGAAUGUCUUAAGGUUUUUAGUCAUAAUUCUCCAAGCAAUAAGUGUCCAGUUUUGGAAAUGAUAGAAUACCUCCCUGAAUGCAUGAAGGUAAGCUCUCUAAAACAAAACUCUUCCUGGGGUUAUGCUUGGCAUAUAUGAUGUGAAGAUUUAUUGUCAUAAUCCAACCUAAUAAUAAUUUCUAUGAUGAAAUAAAGCUUCUAGUUUCCCAUAGGCUAUCAGGGAAUUUAGACAAUAAAUAUUUAAUGAGGACCUUCUUGGAUUAAAGAAUCCUAUUAGUUAUUAUGUGUAAUGCAGGAUAAUAUGGUAAACAGAUUUUUUUAUUCAAACAAUCUGUGCCUAUAAAAGAGACUACAAACCAGUGUUUGCUGGCUGAAUAAAGCCUUAAAAUACGUUUUGUUUAGCAUGCAUGUUAUUGCUGUUUCAAAUUUGCAUUCAUUGCUAACAUUUGAAACCAGGAUGCUUUCUUUAAGGUUUCACAUAUCUGGCUUCUCAUAAGAAUGAGAUUUGGUACCUGAGCCUGCCUUCUCACGAGGCAGGAAUUGCUGGGAGGAUGGGGCAAUCACUCUCUUGUUUGAAAAGCCCCACCUCUUCCUUUCUAUACUGAGCUCCAGUGCCUAGUGUUAAUUGUCACAUAUAGCCAUUCUUAUGCAAUUGUUUUCCUUAGAGUAGAGAAAUACUGAAUUACGGCUCUAUCUGAACUGUAAAGAUUAAAGCUUGCCUGAGGAGAGCCAACAUCUCAAGAACAAUGGGAAAAAACUCUUAUGCCUGGCAUGGUUUAUUUGCAUUGUGUGACUCCCUAUGCUACAUUAAAUACACACCCACAUAUGACCUGACACCCCAUAUAAGACAAACAUGCACAAACUGCUGAGCAGGUGAGUAUUAAAGGGUGCAAAUAAAAGAUCUGGGAAAGUUGGGAUUUGAGGGUUGGGACAGAUAGAAAAAGCAGAAUCACUUCAAAUGUCAUGCAAAGGGAAACAUAUAUUCAAAUACUGGAGGAGGCCGGAAGAUAGAAUGACGGAGGGAAUAGAAGACCAGAUUUGGAGACUUCUGGAGGUCAUGGGAUUUAAUUCUGGUGCUUCCUCUUCCUGUGCUGCUUAGCAUCUUCCCCCACUAUCUUGUCUACCUGCCUCUAAACACAUACUCUCUCCAUGUUGCUUGGAAUACGAGGUAUAGAAACAAACAUAUUACUCCAGACUGGGGCAAUUCAGAAGAUUGAACCUAAACCAUAGAAAGAUUCCAGUCCUGGGAUGAAACAUCUUGAUUAGGGAUGAAGUUGUCACUGUAAGAAACUGAGCAAAGGAAUCAGACAUAUUGACUAUCCCUUAUCUGAAUUGCUUGGGACCAGAAGUAUUUUGGAUUUCAAAAUGUUGGCCUACAUAUACUGGGUUAUCAUAGUAUGAGUAUGUGAGCAUACUUGGAUAUGAGCUCCAAGUAUAUAUACAGAAUUCAUUUGUGCUUCAUGGAAUCCUUAAAAGCAUAGCCUACAGUUAACUUUUUACAAUAUUUUAAAUAAUUUUGUGCAUGAAACAAAGUUUGUGUUAAGCACUUUUGUGGGGAAUUUUCCACUUGUGACAUUGUGUGGGUGUUCAAAACAUAUCGGAAUGUUAGAUUUUCAGAUUAGGGUUGCUCAACCUGUAAUUUAUAUAUCCUUUAGAAGCCCAGAAAGACACCAAAUCUUAGGCAAAACUAGUAGAAGAUCUCUUCCCCAAAUUUUAGUGCAUGCAAUUUCACUCUCAAGCACAUGGUAUUUUUCUGAAUUACUUGUUUUUUUUCUGAAACAUGCAGAUGUAUUUGUAACAGUUUGUAUGUUAAACUUUGUUCCUGGUUGACAUAGAUUAUAAUUUGUCCUUAAGAUGCAAAAAGCCAGGAAAAGGAAUGAAAAUAUCUUUCUGAAACAUGCAGAUGUAUUUGUAACAGUUUGUAUGUUAAACUUUGUUCCUGGAUGACAUAGAUUAUAAUUUAUCCUUGAGAUGCAAAAAGCCAGGAAAAGGAAUGGAAAUAUCUUGUGUGUUUUUUUUUUAUAUGGGACAAAAUUCUUUCUAAUAUAUAGUGGGCUACCGCUAUAGCUGGUUUUUCUGUUUCAAAGAAACUUUUAGAUUUCUGCAUGUUGCCUUCCACAAUGGACAAGUCCUGCCAAGACUACCACAUAAGUUUAUUUUAUCAUUAUACUUUGAAAUUUAUUUUUUAUAAUUAUUUGAAAAAUAUUAAAAAUGUUGUUACUAUAGAUGUGUAAUCUACUGGAGAUGUCAAAUAUUGGUCUCUUUUUUCCAUAUGAUUGUGUUUCUGCUUGUAAGAUAGUUUUUUCCUUUACCUCCUCAGUUUUCCCCUAAUAUUUUAGUAGUUUCUAAUAGCAUCAUUUAGUGUUAUUUCUAGUCUUUAUAUUUCCUUGGGUAGUUUUGCCUUAAUAGUUAAGAUCUAAAAAAUCAAAAUAAUCUCUUGAGAAUUCAUCUUUUUCCAUGCCCAUGGGAUAUAGAGCAAUUGAAUAACAUCCUUUUGGGAUAUUUAUUUUUAUAAUUAAUAUGCAAUAAUAUAUCUUUUCUUCACUCCAAAUGAUUCAACUUAGUUCAAAUCACUUGAUUUUUAGCAGAACUGUAAACUUUUAUAUUUGAUUUUUCAAGAAUUAGUUUUUGAUUUUGUUAUUUUAAUGUUUUAUACUUUGAAAAGAAUAAGCAUCAAAGGCAAAUAUUGGCAUUAAAAUACUGGCAUUCUUUAUCAUUAAAUGAAAUAUUUAGGAGGUGGGAGAAAAUUAUUAUAGAAGACACAAGAAGCUUCCUAGAGCCUACAAUUUGUCUAUCUUUAACAUUAAAUGAAUAUUUGGAGAAUGGGAAGGAAUUAUUAUGUCAAACAUGGAAAGGUACUCUGGAGCCUACAGUGUAGUGGGCAAUGAAGUGAGAGGUGUGUUCUGCGAAGAGUGUUCAUCUUGGUGUCAGAUUAUAUGGGCUAAAGAUGGCAAUCAUUCAUUAAUUUGUUAAGUCAUAAUUUCCUCAGAACUUGAGAUUCCUUCUCUGAAAAUGAAAAAGGUGAAUUACAUGAUUUACUUCAUUUCAAACUUCAGUGAAUUUCCCAACCACGUUCCUGAAAGAGAUUACUACCACUUUCCCCACAGAAUUCAUGUAGAGUAAAAACAUGUAUGAUUUUAGUUUUUUCCUCAAGUAUAUUUGGGUAUUUCGAGGAAGUGCUCCAAAUUUUCCAACAGGAAAGGAAUUACUUUAUGGAGAUUAACAAUAUUGUCGAAUGGAUUAUCUACACAACGGGCAUCAUUUUUGCGCUGCCCUUGUUCACUGAAAUACCAGCUCAUGUGCAGUGGGGAUGUGGAGCAAUGCCUAUUUACUUCUAUUGGAUUAAUUUUGUAUUGUAUCUUCAAAGGCACCUACCACGGGGACAGCGACCUGCAGCUGGAGCACAUCAAUGUGUACUAUAACGAGGCCACCGGCGCCAAGUACGUGCCCCGCACAGUCCUUGUGGAUCUGGAGCCUGGCACCAUGUACUCCCUGCGCUCUGGGCCCUUCCGGCAGAUCUUCCAGCUGGACAACUUCGUUUUCGGUCAGAGUGGUGCUGGGAACAACUGGGCCAAGGGGCACUACACAGAAGGCACAGAGCUGGUGGACUCAGUGCUGGACGUUGUGUGGAAGGAGGCUGAGAGCUGUGACUGCCUGCAGGGUUUCCAGCUGACCCACUCCUUGGGUGGGGGAACUGGGUCUGAGAUGGGUACCCUCCUUAUCAGGAAGAUCCGGGAGGAGUACCCAGACAGGAUCGUGAACAUGUUCAGUGUGGUGCCCUCCCCCAAGGUGUCAGACACGGUGGUGGACCCCUACGAUGCCACCCUCUCAGUCCACCAGUUUGUAGAGAACACAGAUGAGACCUACUGCAUCGAUAAUGAAGUGCUCUACAACAUCUGCUUCAGAACCCUCAAGUUGACGACGCCCACCUACAGGGACCUGAACUACCUGGUGUCUGCCACCAUGAGUGGGGUCACCACCUGCCUGCGCUUCCCAGGCCAGCUCAAUGCUGACCUGCACAAGCUGGCCGGGAACAUGGUCCCAUUCCCCUGCCUGCACUUCUUCAUGCCUGGCUUUGCCCCGCUGACCAGCCGGGGCAGCCAGCAGUACCGGGCCCUGACGGUGCCCAAGCUCACCCAGCAGAUGUUUGAUGCCAAGAACAUGAUGGCAGCCUGUGACCCCCGCCAUGGCCGCUACCUGACAGUGGCCACCGUGUUCAGGGGCUGCAUGUCCAUGAAGGAGGUGAAAGAGCAAAUGCUUAAUGUUCAAAAUAAGAAUAGCAGCUACUUUGUUGAGUUCCCCGAAAAGGUGAAAACGGCUGUCUGCGACAUCCCGCCCCAGGGGCUAAAAAUGUCUGCCACCUUCAUCGGCAACAGCACAGCCAUCCAGGAGCUGUUCAAGGGCAUCUCGGAGCAGUUCACCGCCAUGUUCCGGUGCAAGGUCUUCCUGCACUGGUACACAGACGAGGGCAUCGAUGAGAUGGAGUUCACCGAGGCCAAGAGCAACAUGAACAACCUGGUGUCCGAGUACCAGCAGUACCAGGACGCCAUGGCUGAGGAGGAGGGCGAGUUAGAGGAGGAGGCUGAGGAGGUGGCCUAGAGCCUCCAGUCCCGGGGAAAGCAGGGAAGCGGUGUGAACUCUUUAUUCACUCACAGCCUGUCCUCUGGGCUGUCCCACUGCGUGUGCGCCUGCUGUUUUCCCUUUCAUACUCCAUGCUGUACAGACACCACCAUUAAAGCUUUUCAUAGUGAAAAAAA